AUGACAGAUAAGUUAAAAUUUAAAACAUCCUUAUUAAACAAGGUACCACCUCCACCACCAAAAUCAAAUCAACCAUCACCAUCAACAAGUACACCAGCAUCACCAAAUGUAAACUCAACCAAUAAUUCACCAUCUGUAUCACCAGCAACUACAUCACCAAUUCCAUCACCAGGGAUGUCACCAUUAUUAACACCAGAAAAUAAUAAUAAUAAUACAAAUAUACCUCAUCAAACCUCCUUACUAAACAAUAGCAUUUCUAAUAAAUCAUCAGUAUCAUUCCUAAACAAUAGUGGUGGUAAUACAAUCAAUAAAUCUUCACCACUUUCACAAUCAUCAAGUAAUAUUAAAAAUGGUGGACCAAUUAGAACUAGUACAACAUUAGCACAAUUUAGUGGUAGUUCAUUACCAAAUACAGAGAAUUCAUCACCACCACCAUCAUCAUCAUUAAUAUCAUCAUCAUCAUCACCAACAGCAGAAUCAUUAUUGUAUUCAGAGGAUUCAAUUGCAAGUGGUGGUACAGUUACAGUGGAUCCGAAUACAAAGAAUGGUAAUAUAUAUAAUGGUAAUGGUUUAAGAAAUAAUAGUGCUGAUAUCUUACCACAUAAUAAUCAUACAUAUUGUGUUGGAGAUGAUGGUUUCUAUUUAUUUGGUGGUACAUUACCUGAUGGUUCUUAUACAAAUGAUUUUUAUACUUUUCAAUUUGCUAUUAAAGCAUGGACUAUACUCACAUUUGGUAGUGCACCAUCAAUUAGAACUAGACAUACUGGUGUAUUAUAUAAUAAUUCAAUGUAUAUAUUUGGUGGUUAUAGUCCAUCUGGUCCAAAGAAUGAUAUUUAUGUAUUUUCUUUCGAUACACAAACAUGGUCAGAAGUUCAAACAGAAGGUACUAAACCAUCACCAAGAUAUGGUCAUACAGCAGUUGUAGAGAGUGGACAUAUGAUUGUAUUUGGUGGUAUUUCAUGUGACCAAACAACCAAACAACAAACAGUAAACAAUGAUAUUUUUUCAUUAAAUUUAGAUACUAAACAAUGGAGUCAAGUCUUGUCAACAUGUCCACCAUCACCAAGAACACAUCAUACAGCAACAAUGCACAAAGGUAAUAUGUAUGUAUUUGGUGGUCAAGAUCAACAAUCGAAUCAAGUUGAGGAUAUAGUUCAUUGUUAUACUUGGGCAAGUAAUUCUUGGAAAUCAAUUCAAUUCGAAGGUUCCUCAAUGACACCACGUUCCGAUCAUUCCGCUGUACUCUUUCAAGAUAGUAUUUUCAUUUCUGGUGGUAGUUCAAAAUCACAAACUUCUCAAAAUUUAGAAAUUUAUGAAUAUGAUUUAUAUCAAAAGAAAUGUUUUAAAAUAUCAUCAUCAACAAUUGUCCAAAAUCGUAUUUCACAUUCAUCAGUUGUUAAAGGAAAUUCUAUAUUAUUUUGGGGUGGUUGUACAGAUAAUUCAUUUGAUUAUUUCUCAUUUGGUAAAGAUGAAUUUGAAGAAGAUUAUCAAGAUGAUUAUGAAUCAAAUAGAGUUCAAAAUAUACCAAAAGAAUUAUGGGAAGCAUCAUUAAUGAAAAAACAUCCAGAAAUUUUAGAAUUAAGAGAAAAGACAUUAGCAUUUACAGGUAGUAAAUCAUUUGCAAAAACUUUGGCAACACCAUCAUUUUCAGAGAAUAGAUUAGCAUUGUCACAUCAAUUUGUACUUCAAUUAAUUAUGGAAUAUUUGGAGAGAAAUACAUAUCAUAAAGUGAUUGCAGCCAUUCAAAAAGAGUCUGGUGUAUUACAUCAACCAACUGAAUCUGGAGAGAGUCGUUUGGUUUCAUUGUUACGUUUAGUUAAACCACGUUUAAGAAAUAAGAAUGUUUUCGAUACAGAUUUAUCACUAUUCUCCAAAGAGGAAGGUAAUGAUCCAGAGGUGGCAGUGGUAGAUCAUCUCUAUCACGACUAUCGUCAUUUCGACGAGGAAGAGGAUAUCAACGUUUGGGAGGAGGGUGAAGAUAACAAUAGAAAUAUUAGAAAAGUUGAAACCGAUAAUAAUAAAGUUCAAAUCAAAGCGGCAACAUUCAAUAAAUUGAUUCAUUAUCUCGCACCAAAGGAGAAAGCAUUCGAUCCAAAUUUCCUCAAGGUUUUCCUCUACACUCAUUCAUCAUUCACAACAUCUGAGAAAUUGUUAAAGAAAUUGAUUCAACGUUAUCAAGUACCAAAUUCAAAUGCAAACGAACCAAAAUAUAAGAGUGAAGUGGUUGAACCAGUUCGUCAACGUGUUGUUGAUGUAUUGAAAUAUUGGGUAGAUAAAUGUCCAUGGGAUUUCAAUGCAGGUCCGACCUCUUCGGUUUUGGUUGCCACACUCAAUAAUUUCAUCGAUGGUUCAUUGACUCGUGAUGGUAAUUCAAACAUUAAGAAAUUGAGAGAACUUAAAAAGAAACUUCAACAUGAGGAUGUUAGACCCUACAGUGAACCACCACCCGAACCAAAAGUACCAAAGAAUAUUUUCUCACCUCAACUUACUUUGGCUCAUAUCGAUGAGUUGGAAAUUGCAAGACAAAUGACACUUGUAGAAUCGAAAUUGUUUGGUGCCAUUCCACCACCAGAGUUUAUGGUACGUGUAAUUGGCUAUGGUGAGUUUCAAUAUAAUAUGGCCACCUCUCCAAAUCUUAUGACAUUUGUUAAUCGUGCCACCGAUGUUUCACGUUGGAUCGUCCAUACCGUACUAAAUGAAAGUCGUGAUAAAAAGAACAAAAUGAAAAUGUUGGAUAAAUUCAUAAAGACAACCGAAUGUCUUAGACAAUUGAAUAAUUUCCAAACUUUACAUUCAGUACUUCAAGGUCUUCAACAUCCAUUACUUUUAUCGCGUCCAGAUUUAUUCACACCACGUCAUCGUGAAAUCAUUGCCGAUCAUGAGAUGUUAUUCUCAAAAAUUGAUAAUUACAAAUUGUAUCGUGAAGCUUUGGCUAGAUCUCAACCAGCUUGCGUUCCUUGGAUCGAUAUUAUUCGUGAGGACUUUGCUCAAAUCGAAAGAGAUCAACCUUCAAAUAUGAACAAUUUAAUCAAUUUCACAAAGAGACAAAAUCUCUAUGAAAUCCUCUCAAAGAUUGGUCAUUAUCAAUUCCCUUACAAUCUUCAAAUCGUUCAUCAAGUUGCUACCUUUGUAAACAAAUUACCAAAAUACUCUGAAUACGAUUUGAAUCUAUUGUCCGAAUCUUUACAAUCUCAAGUCAAUAGUCCUUUGGCUGGUGUUUAUCAACCAAGUUUAAUUGGUACUACUGGUUCUUCAAGUUCAAUCAAUUUAGGUAGUGCCAGAGAAUUAAAUAAUUCAAAUAGAGAUUCAAAUAAUAUUACUGGUUCAAGUAGUAACAAUAAUAGUAAUAGUUCAAAUAGUUUAAGUCCAAUUGUUAAAUUAUAA